AUAUUAGCAAAGUGAAAUAAAAGAUAUUAUACGGUGUAGGAUAUAAGACACUAUUAAAUAACACCUAAUAAGAGAUAAGUCUAGGGCUUCGUCAUCAUCAGAGCUGCCUCCACGACGGUCAAAAUGCUGGGCAGAGAUAGAGGCGGAGGUGAAGGAAGAUGUGGACAGAGAGAAUGUUGGAGAGUGAAGGUAGAUGGUCAAGCGGGUGGGGUGAAGAUAAGGAAGGAAGUUGGGGUUCGAUCUAGAAAGAAUGGGAUUGAAUGUCAAGGCGCUGGCGAGACCAGCCAUGGCAGAGAAAUGCAAAACCUUUUUCUGCACCUUCGAUUCGCACCAUCGCAUUACCGCCGCUGCCAUGUUGCCAUUAUUGGCAACCCUCUGCUGCCAUCGCCGUUGCCCCUUUUCGCCAUCGCUCCCUCCCCUCGUUGCCCUGCCUUUUCCAUUUGCAUAUAUCUUUGUGUUUAUUAGAUCUUUACUUAGAUUUGUUGAGUGUUCUUCUUUCCCGACGGCGAAGAAGAAGGAUGGCUCCUACCGAACCCGGGACCAACUCACUUCCAAAUGGAGCCACAUCAACAAAAAAGUCCGAAAGUUUAUGGGAGUUUACGAGGAAUGCUCCCGGUCCCGGAGGAGCGGCACGAACGACGCCGAUGUUCUCCGGGUUGCCACGACCCGGUAUCAAGACGACGGGAACCAAGGCAAGGUGCCCAUCGAUCUUUGGACGAUUUUGAGUCGUUCCCCGAAGUGGCAACAACUCAAUAAUCCCGACGGCGGAUCGUUCCGGAAAAGAUCCACCGUCGACGACGAGGUUGAGGUCGACGAGACCAUCGGUUCUACCGAUCAAAUCCCUUCCUUCAACGUUGCGGAUUCCGAUGACGAAGACCCCAUUCCACGGCCGAUCGGAAGAAAGAAGGCAAAAUCCAUUGCCUCUAGUUCGGGAGGGUCCGCCUCUAUUUCCGCUUCUCCCCGAGACGAAAUCGGCCGGGCAAUGGUUGAACAACUUCGGGCGUUCAAUCUCCAGGAACAUGAGAGGUUGAAGCUAAAGGAGAAGGAGUUGAAGAUAAAGGAGCAGGAGGCCGAGAUGAAAGUCAUGCAAACCGACCCCGGGACGUUGUCGGAGUUUGGACGAAUUAUCUACGAGCAAAGAAUGAGAGAGAUCAAGGAGAAAUAUAAUAUACCUUAGUUUUUUUAUUAAUGUAUCUUUUUUUAAAUUAUUGUCGCUUUUUUUAUUUAAUUAAUGUAUUUUUUAUUAUUCGUAUUUCAAUUUAAUUAAAUAAUAAAUUAAUUUAAAUUUAUUAAUUUAAAUUUAGAAGAUGUAUAUUUAAAAAUGUAAAAAAUGAAGGUUUGAAGCCCCA